AUGGCGGGCUCAAUGUUUUUUCUGGUUGUCUGUGCUGGUCUCUGCUUAGCGACACCUUGCUUAGCCACGGUGCAAACUCCGCCGCUGACGUCCUGUUCUUCUACGCAUAUCCUGUUGGUUAAUGUGCUGACCCUCACAAAUGCCAAGUUGGGUCAAGCGAUGCUCUUUAACUACACCGGUCAACUGUCUGCCAGCCUCACAAGCUCCCCGGUGUUCAAUUUUACAAUGACCAAGCAAAGUGAUGGGAGUUUAAUCCCUUGCAUUCUGAAUUUGGGAUCAUGCGUGUACAAGAUGUGCGGUGGUAACACCACGAUAGAACAAGAGAUUGGGGAGCCAUGGAACAACGUGUGCCCGUUCGCAUCCUUGAACUACAGCAGCAACGUCGGCAUCAAAAUACCAUCUAUUGCACGCUUGAUCAUUGAGGACAGAAAUCUGCACCUCCAGAUCGUGGCACUAGAUGGUGGCAGUGUUGUUGGAUGCAAGGAGUUUGACUUCAAUAUCGCGCUAAGUUAG